GGACCCUGGGCGGGGAGGCCAGGCCGCGGGCAACCGGAGGGAACGGACCCUGCGGGGCUCCCGCUCCCCGGACGCUGCGGUCGUCUACUCUGCUACCUAUGCGAGCCUCCCGCCUUUGGAACUGCCCCAAGCCGCCCUGGCCCCUCCCAGGUCCUGCAGCUGAGGCCCGCAGGGAGCAGGCCACAGGUAGUGCUGAGAGAUUUUUCCAGACCUUCCUGACCCCAGAAGUGUUCUUCAGUAAACACUGCAUUGAUCAGUGAUGUCAGCAGUGUGAUUCCUGCUUUAGUGGCACCAGGGAACCGAGUGAAUUAAAACCCAACAUAAACAGACUGUUCUGGUCCUGUGAUUUGGAGGCACUAUGACACCCGUGAGGACCCAGCACUCCUUGGUAGGUCAGCCAUAUGCAGUGCCUCUAAUACAGCCUGACCUGCGGCGAGAAGAAGCAAUCCAGCAAGUGGCAGAUGCCCUGCAGUAUCUACAGAACAUCUCUGGAGACAUCUUCAGGAGGAUCUCCCAGCGAGUGGAGCUGAGCCGGUGCCAGCUGCAGGCCAUUGGGGAGAGGGUCUCCUUGGCCCAGGCUAAGAUAGAGAAGAUCAAGGGCAGCAAGAAGGCCAUCAAGGUAUUCUCUAGUGCCAAGUACCCAGCUCCAGAGCGCCUGCAGGAAUAUGGCUCCAUCUUCACGGGUGCCCUGGACCCUAAUCUACAGAGAAGGCCCCGCUACAGGAUCCAGAGCAAGCAUCGCCCACUGGAUGAGCGGGCCCUGCAGGAGAAGCUGAAAUACUUCCCUGUAUGUGUAAACACCAAGCCAGAGCCUGAGGAUGAAGCUGAAGAGGGGCUUGGGGGUCUUCCCAGCAACAUCAGCUCCAUCAGCUCCCUGCUGCUCUUCAACACCACAGAGAACCUGUACAAGAAGUAUGUUUUCCUGGACCCCCUGGCUGGUGCGGUAACAAAAACUCAUGUGAUGCUGGGGGCAGAGGAAGAGAAGUUGUUUGAUGCCCCUCUAUCCAUCAGCAAGAGAGAACAGCUGGAGCAGCAGGCUCCAGAGAAUUACUUCUAUGUGCCAGACCUGGGCCAAGUUCCUGAAAUCGAUGUGCCAUCCUACCUGCCUGACCUGCCUGGCAUCGCAGAUGACCUCACAUACAGUGCUGACUUGGGCCCCGGCAUUGCCCCCUCUGCUCCUGGUGCCAUUCCAGAACUGCCCACCUUCCACACAGAGGUGGCUGAGCCUUUCCAGCCAGACCUAGAGAAUGGAGUACUGCUGGCAGCACCGCCACCACCACCACCGCCGCCUCCGCCUCCGCCACCACCCCCCCCAGCUCCCAUGGUGCCAGUUAGCGCCCCACCACCACCGUUCUCUGAAAUGGCGAGCUCAACUGGCCAGGUUGCAGGGGAAGAAAACACCGGUAGCAGCAUGGCCCAUUCAGCUUCUGUUCAAGGAGCUCCCAAGGAGGUGGUUGACCCCUCCAGCGGCCGGGCCACUCUGCUCGAGUCUAUCCGCCAAGCUGGGGGCAUCGGCAAAGCUAAACUGCGCAGUGUUAAGGAGCGCAAGCUGGAGAAGAAGAAACAGAAGGAGCAGGAACAAGUGAGAGCCAGCAGCCAAUGCGGGGACCUAAUGUCAGAUCUCUUUAACAAGCUGGUCAUGAGGCGAAAAGGUAUCUCCGGGAAAGGACCUGGCACUGGAGCCAGUGAAGGACCAGGUGGAGCCUUCACCCGAAUGUCAGACUCCAUUCCACCUCUGCCACCUCCACAGCAGCCACCAGGAGAUGAGGAUGAGGAUGACUGGGAGUCUUAGUGGAGCUUUGGCCCUCCUCCUACAUUCAACAGGAAGAGCUGGAGCUCCUAGACCAGCUGGGCCAUUCAGGUCCUAUUGCCCAGAGAGGUCCAGGGGCUAUAUGAAUGUUCCAGGUCUAUGCUUGAGUCCUCUUUAUGGAGUGGGGCCUGUGUGAGCUGUCUGCAGUGUUCCACUGUCUCAUGUGACUGCUUUACCUGAUCCUCAAGUGCUUUUCUUGUCCUUAAAGAGACUGAGAGAAAACAGGAAUGUGAUGUAAUAAAGUAACUGGAAACCUGAA